CGGGGCACCCAGCAUUGCUGACUAAUCCCUUGAACUGACAGUGCACUGCUCAUAUAUUGCCAGUGACUGCCUCCGCAGCAGAACUAGCAGAGCCCUCAUAACAGUAGAGCUACGCGAGAGAGCUACCACGGCAAAACGAGCAUCUCUCGCAGUAAACAUUCUUGGACAUAAAGCAUAAAACAUAAGUUCAACAAAUGAUACUCUUAUUAUGAAGUUUUCUUUGCACAUGGGAUUUUGAGGAAUGUCAACUCUUGUGUGAUAUACUUGGACUUUUAUGCGCAGAUAGUGGAUAGAUAGCAACGGGACUUUAGAGAUUGCGAUUUGGGGAACUUUUGGUGGUAGUCAACUUAUCUACAUUGCUGAGAUAGGUGGCUGCUUUAACUAAGCGGUUCGUGUACGGCUGGUCCCGACGGAGCUAUUUGUGUCAAUACAUCUUACAAUUGUCUUGGGAGUUGUUAAUAAUCGCCACUUAAGACACUCUCCUGGAAGACACAGUGUUUGUUGUUUUCGCAGAACCAUCAGAGGAGUUGUUAAAAAAUUAAUAACAAGUGAACAGCCACACUCACACAUCCAACUUUCUUCAUUUUUCCAGAGGUUAAUUUCCUUCUAAAAUGAGGACGUGUAUCUUCGGAGCGGUGUUUCUGGCGUUCUUCGCUGCGUGUUUGGUUUACACAGCUGACGCUGCAGACAAGAUCUCAAAGGAUUUGAUCAAACUGAACAAUGUCCGGCGUAGGAGAGGGCUCAAGGGAGCCAGAGAUAAGAGCUUCAGCGUCUGGUCUCGAUGGGGCGACUGGUCCGAAUGCUCUCGGUCAUGUGACGGUGGAGCGAAGUUUAGGACAAGACACUGUAUGACCAGAAUACCAGCGAACUACAUGGCUGGAAUGCCGAUGUGUGAUGGAGAGAGCAGACAGUACAGAUCUUGUAACACAAAGCCAUGUCCAACUGGGACUCAGGAUUUCAGGGAGAUGCAGUGCGCUAUCUAUAACGAGAAGCCUCUUGUUGAGUGGGUGCCUUUGGAAGGUGGGAGUAAGAACGAGUGCGACCUGGUGUGUCAGACAUCUGAUGGGCAAUAUGUCUUCAAUUUCGACCAUGCCCUCGACGGGACCCGAUGCCGUAAGGGCUCACCGGACAUGUGCAUCGACGGGAAAUGCCAGACCGUUGGAUGCGAUGGCGCUCUCAACUCCACCUCAUCCUUUGACUCGUGCGGGGUCUGCGGAGGCCGGAACCAGACAUGUGGACACGUACACAAAACGUACUCUGAGGAAUAUCCAUCUACUGGAUUUUACACCUACAACCGUAUCAUCAUGAUCCCUGCUGGAGCAAAUAAUAUCAGGAUAAAGGACAAGAGUUCACUCAAUUAUAUUGCUUUGAAAGAUGAAUCGGGUGAGUUCAUCCUGAACGGUGAUUGGAUAAUUGAUUGGCCAGGAGAUUAUGAGGGGGUGGGCACCACCAUCGUGUACCAACGUCAUCGGAACGGCUCAGAGGACGUCAAGAUUGACGGACCAACAGACAAGAUUCUGGAAGUCAUGAUCAUCUUCAGGGAGAAGAACCCCGGCGUGGAGUAUGAGUACUGGAUGCCACCUCAGAAACAUGGCCGUAACACCGGGAAGGAUCAGUUGCUGUCAGAUGAUAUCCUUGUCGAUGGGCAGGGUCGACCCUCAGAGCAGACCGAUUCGGAGACUAAACCGGAGUCCGUAACUUCAGCCAACUCCAGCAUGUCUCAAGGGGAGAUGGAUGAGGGGGAAGAGGAAGAGGGUCAGGCCAGCGAAACCAAGAAGAAGCCCAAGAAGGAACGGGGCAAGAAGAAGGAUAAGAACAGGAAAGACCGCAACAAAGCGAGGUGUCCCAAGUGCAGAAAGGUUCGCGGAUCACGAACUAGUCAUUUUUGUGAGAACGACUUUGUCCUUCACGUGGAGAUUACGAGCAAAACUAUCGAGAACGGACAAACUCGUUUCGACGCCACAAUCCUCCAGACCUACAAGAACACAGUACCUCUCGGAAGGCGGGAGUACAUCUGGGUCCCCAACGUCUGUAAAUGUCCAUCCCUGAAAACAGGUAGUCAGUACGUCAUCACUGGUAACCGGCGGUACGACUCGGAAACGGGCGAGACGCAGCUGGUAGUCGACCGGGAUAACCUAGUGUCGGCGUGGAAAGAUGGCUACCAUAAGAAAUGGGACAAGAUUCAAGCGCGAGAGACAUUGUUGUGCCCUGCCCAGGCUGCGGAGACGGAGGAAGAUGAAGAGUUACCCACAGGACUUUAGGAAAAAGCGUUCUGUCCAGUCAAUAGGCUGGCUGUAUAGGUCUACGCGAUAAUGCUUGAUGUUGAUACUCUUUUAAGGGGGAACACUUUACGAUCGGGUGUGCGGCAGUUGUAAUCAGUGUCAGUCACAUCCCUUCAUUGGACAAACAGUGGCUUCAAGUCAAACUGUAUCUGGGUUUUAAAAUUAAUAACACAUCAUUGACAAAACUGGACCUUACUAUAUAAACGUUAGGAACACUUGGCAUGUAUAUACUACAAACUGGGUUGAAACAUUUUCACGUCUGUCACAGUACCAUAAGAGGUAUUACAGGAUGAAACUUCUGAAAUGUCAUGAAGAUAAAUAUGUAAUUUGGAUCAAAUAGUGUUUUCAUUUUUUUUAGUAAAACUGUAACUAAUAAAAUGUCAUGGUCUACUAUACCCAGGAGGUGGUAAUAUUUAACAUUUCUCUUGGUUAUAUAUUGUACAACAAAAAAUUACUGAAGGCCAAGUUUGUAAAUUUAGUGCAUGGUAAAGAUGUGUGUGCAUGGUCGUGCAUUCACCUAGACUUGAUUCAAGUCCCGUUCUCGUGUUAGAGGUACUAUUAUCCGCUGUCAAAAUGUAUGGUGGUCCCGCGGCACAGGUUGGGGGAGUUUUCUGAUGUAUAGAAGAUAUGGGACUGAACAUAAAAUGACUCUCACGGGAUUGGGACUUGAGUCAAGUCUAGCAUUCACCAGGAACAAUUGACGUUUACACAACUGACGUUGUGCGAAUUUUGUCGCCACAAAAUUGGGAAGAAGAAUCAAGUUGUCUGGAAUAAUGCCCAAUAGUUCCUGCGAUGGUGGUAUCGCCAAAAGGGCAAUAACCAGCAAACGCAAGAGGGCGUGUGUACCCACGUCACGAGAUCGUCGAAAUUUAGCCUGAUCAUCACUGACGUCACACUUCGAGGCUCGUGAAUAAAGACAGGGGCCCAGUCUAGCCGAACUUGAGUCGAGUUAGAAGAGAUCUUUGUAAAUUGAAAUAAAAACCGACAAUUUGGUGCAUUCAAUGAAUUUUAUAAUUUCAGUGGCCUUUUGAAUUUUUUGCACAGAGAGUGUAGAGGGUUGUUCAUAUUUUCAACGCAGAGUAAAAACAACUGGUAUUUUGUAAUAAUAUUGUUUCAGAUAAUAAUUGUUGAAGAUGGUUUGGAUGGCAAUGAUGACGGUGUAUUUUUGGUGUUAUUUUGCUAUUUUUGAAUAUUAAAAGUAUUUUUAUUCUGUACACUAAACAAGACACAUUGUGCUUUCGGAUUAGAGAAUGUUCUGCCGAUGAGCUAUGUAAAUAAGCAUCUAAAUAUUCACGUCAGCUUAAAAAAAAAAUUCUUUGUUUGUUUAACCAAUUCGUAAUAUACCACGGUAUGCUAAAUUGCCACCAACGUGUACAUAACAUUGCAUGUAAAAAUGUUGAGCGUUUAAAAACGGUUUGUUAAUAGUUUUACAACAAAAAACUUAAAUUAGAUAGUUCGGUUCGUAUAGAGACGACCAUUAUUAAACCAUUGUUUAUUCUCGUUAAAAUGAUAUGAGAUCCAGAAAGUAUUCAGGUUAAUUUUGUAUGUAGGAAGUUUUUAGGGUAAGAUCAUUUGGUUUUUCAAGAGAAGGUAUACGUUUUGAAAUGACUCUUGAAAUUAAUGGUAAUGGAAGUUUUUGGUUAGAAGCCUACAGCAUUCGAUAUGAAGCAUUUUAAAAAACAGUUAAGUUCAAAGUAAAAGUGGUUAUUGUAAAAAUAUAUCAGUUUUUAUGUCCCAAAAAGUUGUAUGUCUCAAAAUUUGAAUUCCUAUGGCCCCUUUAAAUCUCUUUCGAAAUACUUUUCUCAACAUUUUUGUUCGAUUCACGUCCCGGCAUCGUAAAAAGGGCUUGUCUGUUUCCAACUAUAGCGUCUAGGGGUUGGGUGGGUUUUUGUUUCAAGUUCAUACUCUCUCUAGGCUGAUGAUUUUGCCAGCAUUGUAA